CAGGUAGGCAUCUUUGGGCUACAUCAUCCUUCAACGAUUCCAGUUUAGCGAUCCUUUCAUAGACCCCAACCUCGAACCAGCUCAAGAUGCCUAAACCAGUAGUACAAGUUGGUGACGAUCCCGAUCCAUCCGAAUGGUUAUACAUUUCGGAGGAAAUGAGACGCAUUGAUCAGAGCAAGCCUUACGAUGCGAAAAAGGCUUGCUGGGUUCCAGAUGAAGCCGAAGGAUACGUUCAAGGUGAAAUUAAGGCCACCAAGGGUGACUUGGUAACCGUUGCUUUACCAGGUGGCGAGACCAAAGAUUUCAAGAAAGAUCUUGUGGGCCAGGUAAAUCCUCCCAAGUACGAGAAAUGUGAGGAUAUGUCGAAUUUAACCUACCUCAACGAUGCCUCUGUUUUACAUAACUUGCGAGAACGAUACAGAGCUAGAUUGAUUUAUACAUAUUCUGGGCUGUUCUGUAUUGUCAUCAACCCAUAUAAACGUUGGCCUUUGUACACAUUACGAGUCGCCAAAAUGUACCGUGGCAAGCGACGUAACGAGAUUCCUCCUCAUUUAUUCGCAGUUUCGGAUGGUGCUUACGUUAAUAUGCUGACAAAUAAGGAAAAUCAGUCAAUGCUGAUUACCGGUGAAUCUGGUGCAGGGAAGACUGAAAAUACUAAAAAGGUCAUUGCGUACUUUGCAACCAUUGGUGCGAGCAAAAAAGACACAGAAGGAAAACCAUCUUUAGAAGAUCAAGUUGUUCAGACAAAUCCUGUGCUUGAAGCCUAUGGUAACGCAAAAACUGUUCGUAAUGACAAUUCAUCUCGUUUCGGUAAAUUUAUUCGAAUUCAUUUUACUGCUUCUGGAAAACUGGCUGGUGCUGAUAUUGAGACUUAUUUAUUGGAAAAGGCUCGUGUUAUUUCUCAACAGACUUUGGAGCGUUCUUAUCACAUAUUCUAUCAAAUGAUGUCAGGAUCUGUAAAGGGAUUAAAAGAGAUGUGCUUCUUGUCCAACGAUAUCUACGAUUAUGUUAACGUGUCCCAGGGUAAAAUCACUAUUCCAAAUGUUGAUGAUGGUGAAGAAUGCAUGCUCACUGAUGUUGCCUUUGAUGUAUUAGGAUUUACUCAAGAUGAAAAAGACAACAUCUACAAAAUAACUGCUGCUGUUAUGCACAUGGGAGGCAUGAAAUUUAAACAGAAGGGACGAGAAGAACAAGCAGAAGCUGAUGGAACGGAUGAAGGAGAUCGAGUUGCUAAGCUAUUGGGAUGCGUUACAGAUGAUCUAUAUAAGAACUUGCUGAAACCAAGGAUAAAAGUCGGUACCGAAUACGUUACGAAGGGACAAAACAAAGAUCAGGUUUCCAAUGCCGUUGGUGCCCUUUGCAAGGGUAUUUUUGAUCGUUUGUUUAAAUGGUUGGUGAAAAAAUGUAACGAAACCUUAGAUACGAAACAAAAACGUGCUCAGUUUAUUGGUGUACUGGAUAUCGCGGGUUUCGAAAUUUUUGAUUUUAAUGGAUUCGAGCAGCUGUGUAUUAAUUUCACCAACGAGAAAUUACAACAAUUCUUCAAUCAUCACAUGUUUGUACUGGAACAAGAGGAAUACAAAAAGGAGGGCAUUAAUUGGGCUUUCAUUGAUUUUGGUAUGGAUUUGCUAGCCUGCGUCGAGCUAAUUGAAAAGCCUAUGGGUAUACUUUCAAUUCUUGAAGAAGAAUCUAUGUUUCCAAAGGCCACAGACCAAACAUUUGUAGAGAAGCUGAUUACCAAUCAUUUAGGAAAGUCUGCUCCAUUCAUGAAACCACGACCACCAAAACCAGGUAUUCCAGCUGGCCAUUUUGCCAUUGGUCACUAUGCAGGAGUUGUUUCGUAUAAUAUCACUGGCUGGCUAGAAAAAAAUAAGGAUCCAUUGAAUGAUACUGUUGUUGAGCAAUUCAAAAAAGGUGAAAAUAGUCUUUUGGUUGAAAUCUUCAGUGAAGCCGCAGCCGCUCCGGCGGAAGGGGCAGCACCUGCUGCAAAAGGAGGCCGUGGUAAAAAAGGUGCAGCUUUUGCUACAGUGUCAUCAGCUUACAAAGAGCAGCUCAACAAUUUGAUGACUACAUUACAGUCAACCUCACCUCAUUUUGUGCGUUGCAUCAUUCCAAAUGAAUUGAAACAAACAGGCCUCAUUGAUGCUAAAUUGGUUAUGCAUCAGCUAACAUGUAACGGUGUGCUUGAAGGCAUUCGUAUCUGUCGUAAAGGAUUCCCAAACAGAAUGAUGUACCCUGAUUUCAAGCAGCGAUACCUUAUUUUGGCUCCAGCCGCUAUGCAAGCUGAACAAGAUUCGAAAAAGGCAGCUGAGAAAUGUUUUGAAGCAAUUCAACUGGAUCCUGAUUCCUACCGUAUUGGUCACACAAAGGUAUUUUUCCGUGCCGGUGUUUUGGGUCAAAUGGAAGAUUUCCGGGAUCAACGGUUAUCUAAGAUUAUGUCAUGGAUGCAGUCCUGGUGUCGUGGCUAUUUGUCUCGCACAGAGUUCAAAAAAAUGCAGUCGCAACGUACCGCGCUAGAAGUCGUGCAGCGCAAUUUACGAAAGUACCUCAAACUUCGUACAUGGGCUUGGUGGAAGUUAUGGCAAAAAGUAAAACCACUUUUAAACGUUUCUCGAGUAGAGGAUCAAAUCGCUAAACUAGAGGAAAAAGCACAGAAAGCCACAGAAGCAUUUGAAAAGGAAGAAAAACUUCGUAAGGAACUUGAAGCGUUAAACAGUAAACUACUAGCUGAAAAGACCGCUCUAUUAGAUUCGCUUUCUGGGGAAAAGGGAGCUCUACAAGAGUACCAGGAAAAGGCAGCAAAAUUAACCGCUCAAAAGAAUGAUCUUGAAAAUCAGCUUCGUGACACCCAAGAACGUUUGGCACAAGAGGAGGAUGCUCGAAACCAGCUAUUCCAAACAAAAAAAAAACUUGAACAAGAAAUUUCUGGGCAGAAAAAAGAUGCAGAAGAUCUUGAGCUUCAAAUACAAAAGAUUGAACAGGACAAGGCCUCCAAAGAUCAUCAAAUUCGCAAUCUGAACGACGAAAUUGCUCAUCAAGAUGAACUUAUCAACAAGUUAAACAAAGAAAAAAAAAUGCAAGGUGAAGUUAAUCAGAAAACUGCUGAAGAGCUGCAAGCAGCAGAAGAUAAGGUAAAUCACUUAAACAAAGUAAAAGCAAAGCUAGAGCAAACUCUUGAUGAGUUAGAAGAUUCUUUAGAACGUGAAAAAAAAUUACGUGGUGAUGUCGAAAAAGCAAAACGCAAAGUUGAAGGAGACCUUAAAAUAACCCAAGAAGCCGUUUCUGAUCUCGAACGCAAUAAAAAGGAAUUAGAACAAACGAUUAUGCGAAAAGACAAAGAGAUCUCAGCAUUGUCUGCCAAGCUGGAAGAUGAACAAAAUUUGGUAGGAAAACUUCAGAAGCAAAUUAAAGAACUACAAGGUCGUAUUGAAGAGCUAGAAGAAGAAGUUGAAGCGGAACGACAAGCGCGUGCAAAGGCUGAAAAGCAACGUGCAGAUUUAGCUCGAGAGCUUGAAGAACUUGGCGAGCGUCUGGAGGAAGCUGGUGGGGCUACAUCUGCACAAAUUGAACUGAAUAAAAAACGGGAAGCUGAACUAGCAAAGUUGCGGAGGGAUUUAGAAGAAGCCAAUAUACAACAUGAAGGUACAUUAGCCAAUCUGCGUAAAAAACAUAACGAUGCUGUUGCUGAAAUGGCAGAGCAAGUUGAUCAGCUAAAUAAACUGAAAACAAAAGCGGAGCACGACCGUGCCAAUAUGUAUAAUGAGCUAAACAACACUCGUUCUGCAUGUGAUCAGUUAGCACGUGAAAAGGCUGCUCAAGAGAAAAUUGCAAAACAACUACAACAUACCUUGAAUGAAGUUCAAGGAAAGCUAGAUGAAACAAAUCGUACUUUGAAUGACUUUGAUGCUGCUAAAAAGAAGCUUUCUAUCGAGAACUCAGAUUUGCUUCGUCAAUUGGAGGAUGCCGAAUCACAAGUUUCACAACUAAGUAAGAUAAAAAUUUCCCUAACUCAACAGCUUGAAGACACGAAACGUUUGGCCGAUGAAGAGGCCAGAGAACGAGCUACUUUGCUUGGCAAAUUCCGUAACCUGGAGCACGAUCUCGAUAAUCUUCGUGAACAGGUUGAGGAAGAAGCGGAAGGUAAAGGAGACAUUCAACGUCAGCUAAGCAAAGCUAAUGCUGAAGCACAGUUGUGGCGCAGUAAGUAUGAAUCUGAAGGAGUUGCUCGUGCAGAAGAACUGGAGGAAGCCAAGAGAAAACUUCAAGCACGUCUUGCUGAAGCCGAAGAAACAAUUGAAUCUCUAAAUCAAAAGUGUGUAGCUCUAGAGAAGACUAAGCAACGACUAUCUACAGAAGUUGAAGAUCUGCAACUUGAAGUCGAUCGAGCUACAUCAAUAGCAAAUGCAGCAGAAAAGAAACAAAAGGCAUUUGAUAAAAUCAUUGGAGAAUGGAAACUUAAGGUCGAUGACCUAGCUGCUGAAUUAGAUGCAUCACAAAAAGAAUGCCGCAAUUAUUCUACAGAAUUAUUCCGGUUGAAAGGUGCAUAUGAAGAAGGCCAAGAACAACUUGAAGCCGUUCGUCGAGAAAAUAAAAAUCUAGCUGAUGAAGUUAAGGAUCUAUUGGAUCAAAUUGGAGAAGGAGGUAGGAACAUUCAUGAAAUCGAGAAGUCUCGUAAACGUUUAGAGGCGGAAAAAGGUGAACUACAAGCAGCUCUGGAAGAAGCAGAAGCUGCCUUAGAACAGGAAGAAAACAAGGUACUACGAGCUCAGUUAGAACUUUCUCAAGUUAGACAAGAAAUCGAUCGGCGCAUUCAAGAAAAAGAGGAAGAAUUCGAAAAUACCCGUAAAAAUCACCAACGGGCACUUGAUUCUAUGCAGGCUUCAUUAGAAGCUGAGGCUAAGGGAAAAGCCGAAGCUCUACGUAUGAAAAAGAAGUUGGAGGCGGAUAUCAAUGAGCUAGAAAUUGCCUUGGAUCAUGCAAAUAAGGCAAAUGCAGAGGCUCAGAAGAAUAUUAAACGUUACCAACAGCAACUCAAGGAUGUUCAGGGGGCUCUUGAAGAGGAACAGAGGGCACGCGAUGAUGCUAGAGAACAACUUGGCAUUUCUGAACGCCGCGCUAACGCUUUGCAAAAUGAACUAGAGGAAUCAAGAACCUUACUCGAACAAGCAGACCGUGGCCGUCGACAAGCUGAACAAGAACUUAGCGAUGCACAUGAGCAGUUAAACGAAGUUUCAGCACAAAAUGCAUCUAUUGCAGCUGCUAAAAGAAAACUUGAGUCUGAAUUGCAAACUUUGCACUCUGAUCUAGAUGAGUUAUUAAAUGAGGCUAAGAAUUCAGAAGAAAAGGCUAAAAAAGCUAUGGUUGAUGCUGCUCGACUAGCUGAUGAGCUAAGAGCAGAACAGGAUCAUGCACAAACGCAAGAAAAACUACGAAAAGCUCUAGAGCAGCAGAUCAAAGAACUCCAAGUGCGGUUAGAUGAAGCAGAAACAAAUGCGUUGAAGGGAGGAAAGAAAGCAAUCCAGAAACUGGAACAGCGUGCGCGAGAAUUAGAAUCUGAAUUAGAUAGCGAACAAAGGAGGCAUGCUGAUGCACAAAAGAACCUCCGUAAAUCAGAAAGGCGUAUUAAAGAGCUUACUUUCCAAUCGGAAGAAGACCGUAAAAAUCAUGAACGAAUGCAGGAUCUCGUUGAUAAACUGCAGCAAAAAAUCAAGACAUAUAAGAGGCAGAUUGAAGAAGCCGAAGAAAUAGCUGCCUUAAACCUUGCAAAGUUCCGUAAGGCACAGCAAGAAUUAGAGGAAGCAGAGGAACGAGCUGACAUUGCUGAACAAGCCGCAACAAAAUUCCGUUCCAAGGGAGGCCGAUCUGGGUCGGUUCAACGGGGUGUCAGUCCAGCAGUGAGUACAGUGUAAGUAUCUAUAGAACGUCUAUUCUUAUUUAAUUUGUAUAGAUAAUCAUCAGAAGUCAGCAAGAAGUAGCUUAAUUGAGGCAAUCCAAUUGUAUGGUACAACUUCCAAAUAAUAUAUAAAAAUAAAUGCAAAAUAUUUAUAACUUAUUUUAUAAAUAGUAAAUGCGAAUAUUGAUGGCGUGCGAACAAAAUAAAUGGAAUAAAUAUAACUUUA